AUGCUUUUGUGGUUCGAGAUGGCCACAAUCCUGACGGUGCUCGGCGCCGCGCUGCAGGCCUCUCGCAACUCGUUCGCCAUCCAGUCGGCGGGCCUCGCCCUUAGCAUCCCAGCCGCCGCCAUCGUCGUGCACGCCUUGCGAAUGUACGUGCUGCGCUUCAAGUCGCUCGAGCGCAAGUCGCCGCGCCACUUUGAGGAUGGGAGCGGAGCCCUCUGGAUCGUGGCGCUGCUCACCGGGCUGGUCGUCUCUAACGUGGCCGUCGGUGUCCUCACAUGGCAGAGGCAGGGGCCGGGCGAGGCGUUGCGGCGCUUUGUCGGCUGGCCAAUCAACGCCACGGGCGUACUCGCAGGGCACUAG